AUGUUGAAGCAAUCAUCUAGUAGAAACCUGAGGUCAAAAGGCUUUAAGGUAAAGCAUUUUAUUCAGGUAUUUCUCUUGCUUGCCAUUGGCGUCUGGUUGGUCAAUCAACUCAAGCACUCUUACGAUAAGAAGGCAUCAUAUGAGGGUAGUACUGGAAAGAUCUCAGAAGAGGUUCAAAGCGAUAAUGAAGUUGUAAAACUUGGGAGGAAAGACCUCCAUCCUCGGGUAGGGGAAAAUGGUUUGGUGAUUGAAAAUCAAGGAGAUAAAGCAGAACUGGAAGAAGAAAUCGAAGAAAUUAAACCUGAAGAAAUUGAGGAUGAAGGAAGGGGUGGAGGAGAUGACGAAAUAGAUGGGCAAGGUCAAGAAAGAACAGAAGAGGAAGAAUCCGAGGAAGUAGAGGAUCUCAUUGAUGUAGACGAUAGGGAAAGGGAAGAGAGAAAUGAAGAUCAAGAAAUUGAAGAGAAGAACGAUCAACUUGAGGAUGCAAGUUCACUUGAUGUUCAAACCCAAAAUGAAGGCGAAAGGAAUCUACAAGAGUCAACAGAGGAACAUUACAAGGGAGAUGAUGCAUCUAGCUCUAUGAUGCAUAACUCCCAAUCAAUAAUCACUCAACUUGGGAUUGGAGGACUGCGAAAGAUUAAGGAAAACGAGGUAGAUAUUGCGGAAGUCAUGAAAUUAGAGCAAGAGUAUAGAACCCAUGGUAAUCAGGAGGUUACCGUUGACACAAUAGGGUCAGGUCAAUACGAAAAUGAUGCAAAAGAUGAUGAGAAAAGUGGUGACUCAAAUUUGGACACCAUAGGUGUCAGCUCAGAUUCUAGUUCAAUGAUUGCUGACCCUAUUGAUAGAGGUUUCGGGAUAGCCACUGCCUCUCAUUCUAUUAUACCAGAACAGAUCAUGAAGCUUGAUGCAAAUUUUGUAGGGAAACUCCGAGUCUGA